AUAACAACAAUCUCAACUUUCUUCUUUUCUUCAAAAUACUUCAAAAAAUAUUUUUUUUUUUAAAAAAAAUCUUUCACUAUGUAUGGAUACAAUAAUAUUGAGGAAAACACUUCUUCUAGUAGUAAUUAUUUGUAUAACCAUUUCCCAAUUACUACUAUUACUUCACAAACAUUGCCACUAGUCUCCAAUUUACCACCUCCACCUUUAUCAAUUCCUUUAGUAAAUAACAUUACUAUUGAAUUUGACUCGAUAUCUACAUUGAAGUCUGAAUUUAAUUGUAACAACAAUAGUAGUAGUAGUUGUAGUAGUUAUGGUUCUCCAGCUACAAGUUAUAAUACUAAUGAUCCAACAAGUUUGAUGCAAAGAAGCAUAAGUAGUCACUCACUUCUUGUCAAGAAUAUGGAAGGAUUUUGUCCAAUUGUUUCUUCCCCCACUGGAUUUCAUGACUCCGAAACGCCAAGCUCCGUCAGGAAAGUUUUAAGUACUGGGGAUUUACAGGUAAUGCACAUGAUGCAAUAUAAUAAUUAUCGUUCAGAAAGCCCUUUAUCAAGUGAGAGUAAUAGCAUAAUUGAAGGAAUGAAUAAAGCUUGCAAAUAUAGUCCACAAGAGAAGAAAGAACGUAUAGAAAGAUACAGAACCAAGAGAAAUCAAAGAAAUUUUAACAAGAAGAUUAAGUACGAGUGCAGGAAAACUUUGGCAGAUAGUAGACCUCGAAUAAGAGGGAGAUUUGCAAGAAAUGAUGAAAUUGAGAGGACUCCUCAAAAUGAAUAUUGGAAUCAAUCAAGAUUAGAGGAAUUAGGAGAAGAGGAUGAUGAGAAUUGGAUUGGAUUUCUCGAUGCCUAUGUUCCAUAAUCAUUUGUAAUUAAAUUAGUGGAAGGAAAAAAAGUUUUUUCUAAAAAAAAGAAGAGAGAAGAGUUCCUCAAGUUUUUUUAAUGUUAAGGAACUCUUUGAUUGUGUGGUAGUUAUUGUUUCCUAGUUUUAUUAGUGAUGUUUAAUCAAGAAUUUGUUUUAGGAUUAAUGAUAUUAGGUUGGUAAUGUUAUGUACAUUUGGCUUAUUUGCAUAAUGAUUAAAAAGAAUGUCCAUUAUUAUUUGGAGCUUCUGUUUGGAA